ACGCCGGCGACACGGGUCCCGGUCACGGCGGACAAACAAACUCAAGUCUACUUCCCGAGCGACGUUUCGCUACUCCUGACCGAGGACGCCGCACAGGACACAGCCCGGUGUGUACGCUCCAAGUUCCGUCUCGGUUGGUAACAGGAUUGUGGGAGGCAAACAACAGGGCGUGUUGAACAGAGAAAGAGGAAGGGCAGAACAGGCACAGCAUCGCAGGAGGUGGUCGCGAACUUGGUGUGCGACGGAUACUUUUCUGUUGCAGCAGCCAUGGCAUCGGCAUCGGUGACUUCGGGUGCGUCGCCGAUUUCAGGGUUCGACUUCGAGUUCAUCCAGCAGCCCGACUCGACAGGCGAUCCGGAUGAGGCCUUCUGGACGGCGAUCAGCAACCCCAGCUCCGGGUCGCUGGGCCCUUUCAUCGCGAGCCCGGCGAGUCACAGUCUGGGUAGCUCAUGGGCAGUGUUGGGGAAUGGACAGCUCGUUGAACUGGAACCGUCGCCGGCUGCGCUGCCGUCGCCACUGAGCGGGGACUAUGACCAGCAAAGCGCGAGUGGCGCCUUGAGCGGCAACAACGGCCUGGGAGAUGUGGGCUUCCCCACGCAGGGUCUGUCGCAGCAUGGUCUGGAUUUCCUGGCGACGGGAGCGUUCAUGUACAACGACCAGCUGAACGGUGACGAGUUGGACGCCGUGUUCAACCCCUUCUCCUCUACCAGCAUCCUGGAGGAACACCAGCCCGUGGAACACACGGAAAGCAUCAAUUCCCUAGAUUCGCAGCCGCACCAGAACCAGCAGGCCAUUGAUGUGCCGCCCUGGCAGAUCGUGAGUCUCGGGGCCAGACAUCAAACCCCCAAUAAUAGCAGACAACCGCCCCCUGCCGGAGAGGCGUCGCCCAUCUUCAUCUUCGAAGACCCCAACCUCGUCUCGCCCUCGCCAUCCCACGCGUACUCGCCCUCGCUCCACUCGGCCUCCGUCAGCCCACCGGCGCUCGCCAGCCCCAGCUCACCGGCCAAGAAGAUCAAGCGCGAAUCCGAGCCGAGCCGAUCACCGCCCGCCACGACCUCCGGCACAUCAUCAACAACAGCGCCGAAGGCCAUCCCCAGCCGCAAAGCCAACACUUCCAACCGCAUCCAAAAGCGCAAACCAACCACCACCACAACAACAACCACAACAACAACGACGACGACAACAACAAUCACAGCAACGCCGCACCCUUCCCCCUCCAGCAUCACCUCCUCCACCUCAUCAGCCUCCUCCACCACCUCGAAAUUCCUCAUCGUCACCCCGCACUCGAUCGACCGCGCCUCCAAACAAGCCGGCGCCUCAGGCGGCAGCACCAACCCGUCGCUGUUCGAGUGCUUCGACGCGCUCUCCCGGGGCCCUUCCCAACGCGGCCGCAAGGGGCCCCUGGCCACUGACACCAAGCAGUCGGCGCUGCAGGUGCGCCGCAUGGGCGCCUGCUUCAGCUGCCACGCGCGGAAGGUGCGGUGCGACAAGGAGCGCCCCUGCAAGAGCUGCCUGCGGCUGGCGCAGCAGGUUCCGCAGGUGGUGUGCUGGCAGUUUUCCGACUUCACGGGCGUGCUCUUCCCGGAGUUCAUCAGGGGUCAUCUGAGGAAGGAGGAAAUCGUCAAGUUUGUGAAGGGGAAUGUGGAAGGGUUCGUGGUGGGCGGCGUGGAGGUGCCGUGUACGGUGCAGCUGAUCAGCGGGCUGGGGUUUGGCGAGCGGUCGGUGCUGGAGGUGAAGGCCAAGUUCUUCACGGCGCGGACGCCGGACGUGCUGCAGCAUUGGCACGUCACGGUCGGGCGGAACGCGAUGGAUCUGCACUCGCGGGGCGCGGCGCCGAUCGGGUUGGAGAUGGGCGACGACGGGAGCGCGUGGGAUGCGCAGCGGAGCGAGCUGAAGAAGCGGGUCAAGGAGUACGUCCAGGCCAUGGUGGACGAGCCGCGGUAUGCGGAGCUGGUCACGCCGCAGCUGCGGCACACGCAGCUGCCGCGGCGGGUCCUGCGCAUCGUGCACGACUACGCCACGCGCGCCGACGUGCCCAUGGUCCGGCGCGCGCUGUCCAUCUAUGCCAUGCACUUCGUCAUGCGGCAGCACCUGUGCCUGACGCCGCGCAACAUCGCCGACCUGCAGGCGACGGGCCUGGUGCCGCAGGGCGUGCCGUGGGUGACGCCGCGCGUGCUGAACAGGCAGAUCAAGGCCGUCGUCGACGAGAUGCUGUGCCGCGAGAUGGUGCUGCUGUUUGAGAACUUCAGCAAGUCGCUCAAGCCCAAGUUGCGGCGCGAGUGGGCCCCCUGCCUGGCCGCGUUCCUGGUGCUGUGCCUGUUCAUGGAGACGGUCGAGGUCGCGGCGGACGUCUACGUCAUCUCGGACAACGAGAUCAACCUGCGCCACCACUACGCCCCGGCCUGGAAGCGCUCCUUCGUGCUGGACGUCAACCGUCAGAUCGAGAAUAUGCCCUUCAAGCAGUUCGCCUUCCAGUUCCACCAGAUCUACCAGACCCACUCGCGCGAUGCUGCCGCCCGCAGUUUCAACCCCUUGGUCGACGACUCGAGCUUGGAGCUCGGCGACCUGGACCGCGACGCGGCCGACAUGGUGCGGAAGCUGAGGUGGUUUAUCAAUGAGGGCUUCGCUCUAGGGCCCGAGACGGACUACCUGACGACGGACCCGAUCCUGCCAAACACCGAGGACCACCCUUAUCCUCGAAACGUGGGCUUAAACUACGAGGGCCGUCUGGCGGCCAAGUUCCUGCUCUCCUUCACCGACGAGAGGUACAUCUUUGAUGGGAAGACGUGAGGUAGUAUACUGUGUAGAUACCAUUGGUGCUUGGAGGUGUGGAUGGGUGAUCUGGCGGAGAGAUGCGCGAUAUCCGUGAAGAUGAUAUACAGACAGAGAGCAUGUGCGACAUGAUGGAUUCAUGAUGAUAACGAUACGACGACAACAAUGUAGCAUGGGCGGGGUGAUCAAGUGCACCAAGAUACCGCAUCUAUUUUGUGCCCAAAGAUAGGAUGUA